GAAAGCAUAGAGCUGGACAAUAAAAUCCAAGUUCUGAUCAAGAGAAAUGCUUCUCUGAACCCCAAAUUGGGCAUCCCAGAGGCCCUGCCAUGCCAUAGAAAUUCAGAUUCUCUGAAGACUCCAGGAAAAACAACUUCGAUGGAACAUUUGGUAGAGGGCACAGCUCGAAUAAAUAAUACAGAACAUUCUGAGAAUGCUGAGUGUGCUCAAUCAUCAAGAAGAAAGAAUUUGACAAAUUCUCUUGAACAAAAGAUAAAAUGCUUAGAAAAGCAGAGAAAAGAGCUCCUGGAAGUUAACCAGCAAUGGGAUCAGCAAUUUAGAAAUAUGAGAGCAUUAUAUGAAAAAAAGGUCGCAGACCUGAAAACGAAACUGGACUUGACGGAGAGAUUGUUCAGCGCGCUGGACCCGGAGCUGCAGCAGCGAUUCUGCUGCACCGGGCUUCGGGAGCUCAGUCCGGAGGGGCAGCAGCGCAAAGAGAAGGAAAAGGAAGACAUAAGUGAAGAGUUGCAUGACUUGAAGAAAGAGAAUAUGCUUUUAAAGGAAAAAAAUGCCCUCGCAAAUAAGAAGAAGGAACAUUACGAAUGUGAAAUAAAACGCCUCAAUAAGGCACUUCAGAAUGCCUUGAAAACCAACUGUGCAUUUUCCGAGUGUGGUUUGGGGAAGUUCGAUAUGGAGUGCAGUCAAGAGGAGCUGAGAACAGAAAUGGAAGUUCUCAAACAACAGGUGCAAAUAUACGAAGAAGACUUCAAAAAGGAGCGAUCAGACCGAGAAAGACUUAAUCAAGAGAAAGAGCAACUACAGCAAAUGAACCAAACCUCACAAUCCCAGUUGAACAGGCUUCAUUCUAAGAUAAAAGCUUGUGAGAUAGAGAAAGAAGAACUAGAGAAGCAAUUAAAACAGAUGAAUUUUCCAACCUGUACAUGCAACUCGGGUUUCCACCAGCAGGAUUCAGGUGGACACACAGGCUCUAGGACUGUACAGGAACCAGAGAAGCACCCUCCAGACUAUCAGUGGUAUGCUCCUGACCAGUUUCCGCCAGAUGUGCAGCACAAAACAAAUGAAUUUGCUGUACUUUCUGUAUCUUAUGUCUAUCAUUUCAAGAGACCACCCGAGAGUGGGCUUGGCUCUGGAUCAGCCUUCAGACCUGGAGUAAAGGACAACAUAAACCUUCAUGGGCAGAGAAUUCAGGUUUCCGCAUGUGGGUGCCAGAAGUUUGGCAAGCUCACUCUUUGGGUGAUAGAGCAGGAUUCAAGAAGUGUGGAGCCCAGUCCCGGACUAAGCAAAAGGCAAAAGGGCCGAGGAGCCAGCAGUGUAAAACCAACCACCACUUCCGGUUUGCUUGAAAUGAAACUGGCUGAACUAGUCAGCAUAGCCCUUGCAACUCUUCAGCAUAUUAAUGUUGGACUUACCAACAUGAUUUCAACAAGUCUACUUUCAGGGAUGUGCUACACUCAUUGA